AUAGCUGGGAGUGGUCAGGCUUUUCGUUCGCACCGUCACAAUUCACAAAACCAAAAUGGUCGGUCAGGCGAUGGUCGGUUCGAUUCCCGAGUUCGAUGGGUACAUCGACGAUUGGAACGUGUACCAGGAGCGAUUGGAGCAGUUCUUCGAAGUGAACGACAUCCCGGAGGGUAAACGAACUGCCCUGCUCAUCUCCGUGAUCGGCAGUGACUCGUACAAGACGCUCCGGGAUCUGUGCCAUCCGACGCUGCCCAAGGCGAAAACCUUCGAGGAGCUGUGCGAACUACUCCGCAAGCAGUACAGCCCUCAGGUUGCGGUUUUUCGCGAGCGAACCAACUUCUACAACGCGACCCAGAACGCGGGCGAGAACGUGACGCAGUGGUACGGUCGGUUGAAGAAGCUUUCGGUUGAUUGCCGGUUCGGUGAGAACCUGGAGGCGAUUUUGUUGGACAAAUUCGUGACCGGGUUGCGCAGUGGCAUGAUCAUGGACCGGCUGUGUGAGGAAAAUGAGGAUCUUUCGCUUGAGCAGGCACUCGAGCUGGCGGUGAAUAAGGAGUGCGCGUUGAAGAGUGAAGUGGCCGGUGUGAUCUAGGCACUUCCGGUGAUCAAACGAUCGAUCGAAGCCCCCUCUGUGAGAUGGUUCUGUGAAUGCAUGCGCAGAACAUCAUUUGUUUAAGAUUACGUUAGAUAUAUUUAUUUGAUAAGUUCUGAAUUAUGAAAUAAAAACAAACCCAUUGCAGUAAACCCCCCCCCCCCCCGAACUGCAUGUGAAA